CACGCAGCUUGGUCGGAUGCUGCUGCUGGCAAUGUUGCCGCUGCCACUACGGCUGCUCCAAUAAAACUGAGUUGCAUGCAACGGCUGGUAAUUAGUCUCCACAACGCGCUGCAGCAGCUGCCAUCGAAUCGCGUCCACUCGCAUCCAUGUGAAGGAUACGCCGCGAACUCGUCCUUUUUUCAGUGUCGUGUGUUGUGCGGUGUUCUACAAAACGAACAAGUCGAAAAAAGCCAGAAACGAUGGCGAGUCAUCUAGUUGCCAGCUGCCUUCUGUUGGCCUUGGGCCUGAACAUGAGCCUGGCGGCCAUUCACAAGCGCAGUGGGGCCCAUGCCAAUUCGCUGGGCGUGGAUCCGGAGAGUAAGCCGGUCGCAAAUCCUGCGGCCAGUGUGGAGAACACGGACCUGCUCGACAAGCUGAGCUGGAAGUGCGCCAACAACGCGAGUUGCCUGUACGGCGUGGCCAACGGCAUUAUGGCCUCCUAUCGGCGCGGCGAGACCCUCAAACUGGGCCUCUUCGACCUGGUCAAGUUGCCCGAACUGGACGCCUCGCACAAGCGCAAGUGGGGCACUGGCCGCGGCCUGUCCAGCUUCAUGGACUUCGUCACGGGCAACGCCAUCAGGGUGCCCGUGGGCCCCAUGGUGUUCAGUGUGCAGCGGGCCGAGGACGACAGCGAGUACAUCGAGGUGGCCCUGCUGAAGAAGGCCUCCAGCGGAACAGGCCGCCUGCAGGGCAACGGAGGAGGCGGAGGACUUCUAGGCGGAGGAGGAGGUGGUCUCGGAGGAAACGGCGGCGGGGGCGGAGGCGGAUUACUGGGCGGCGGGGGCGGCGACCACGGGGGCGGCCUCAUGGGCGGACGGCGGCGACACCAGCACCAGGACAAGAAGCAGUUCCAGAUGUUCAUUCCCAUGUACCUGGCAGCCACAACAUUUGGCUGGACGAUGGUGGCAGCAAAGGCGGUGGGACUGCUCACCCUCAAGGCGCUGAUCCUGUCCAAAAUCGCCUUUGUGGUGGCCGCCAUUGUGUUGAUCAAGAAGCUCAUGGACAACGCCAGCGAAAAGAUGAUGUAUCAGUUCCCCGAGCAGACGCCGUACAUGAUGCCGUACGGCAUGGACUACUCGAUGCACGGCGCUGAAAUGUCGCCGGAAAUGUAUCCGGGCUCGCUGCAUCACCUGGCGAUGGCCGGUGGCGGACAGCUGCCUGGUCAUCCCGGACAUCCGGGACUGGAGAGCCUGAGUGCCGAGAGCCAUCUGCACUCCGCCCAGGUGUCCAGCGACGGCAGCAACAAUACACAGGUGCUGGCCGCUCUGGGCGGACUUGGCGGCCUGGGACACAAGAUCAAACGUGAGGACGCCUGGAUGGCCAAGAGUAAGACCACUCCCGCCCGACGACCUCUGAUCUACAACUACGUGCAGCCUCACAUGCCGUACUACCGCUCCUGAGGCGACGAUUAGCCAAUUAGCAGCUACCAAAGACCCCGUGGGUAGUAGGAGGUUGCUCUGCUGCCAUAAGGACCCGAGUACCGGACAUCUUGCAUCGGAAUAGCAACCUAGCAACCUAGCGAGCUUGCGUAUUACUUAUGUUAUUAUUUAUUGAAUCGUUCUUAACCUAGUGAAACCUGACGCACACAUUUAGUCUAGUUCAAUGUCUCUGUAAUUAGCAGUCAAAAUGCUACAAAAACUAAAAA